UUUGUUCAACAUAGCAAAGAACAAAAAUAGGCUUCGAAUUGUGUUCCUCAAAUGUAGGACCUAUCUUAUUUUAAUAGUACUAUUAGUUACGAUAUUGUAAUCGACGGCCCUUAUUGUGAAAGUCUUGAGCGGAAGCGCUUGUAUUCGUGUCCCGCAGCUUGACGGGGAUCUGCUGGCUGGGAACAGGAUGCUGUCAGGCCGACCAGACGCAUCAACGUAACGGGGAGAAACCGCAGCAGCAUCCUUUGUUUUCCGGAGCUGGACACCCAGAUACUGUGGUGAGUUGACGGGAGAGCUGAAGCGAGCGUGGAGAGGCGUCGGGGUUUUCCUCUCCACUGUCCUCUUCUUCUCCUCGGCCCCGGUGGAAGCACUCAUCCACACCACUGCACUGGAACACACCCUGUGUGUCCUCCCUUCCUCGUUCCCCCUCUUUGCAUCCAUCUAUCGGCCCAUCUUCGAUGACCUCAACAAGGGGUCAGUUGUUGACUCUGGCGAUGCAGUAGUGUAUUUCAAUUCACCAGUCCCCCCUCACCCACGCAACGAGUCCGGCUCAGCCCCACGGGGCCCCACAAGCGGCGAGGAAGGCCAUGGGGUUCGUCUCUUUUUAGACUUUAUCCUUUUCCACCUUGUGUCUUCAUGUUUUGGGGGUCCUCCAGUGCCCCCGUCCUUUGUCGACCCCCCCGCACCCGCUUCCACCACGGCUGGCCGCCCCGGUCGCCUCGUUGCCAUGCCGACAGAGACACUGCCUCCAGCCCUGCCAGAUAGCAAGACUGCUGGCCCUGCAACGGCAUUCAGUUCUGCGGUACCACUUCGCAUACUCAACAAGGGCCCUGACUACUUCAGGAGACAGGUGGAAUCUAACCCAAAGCGCCUCAGUGCUGUUGAAAGACUAGAAGCUGACAAGGCCAAGUAUGUCAAGAGCCAGGAAGUUAUCAACGCCAAGCAGGAGCCCAUCAAACCACCCGUGCUGGCUAAGCCUCCCGCUGGUCACACCCUCCUGUCCAAGAGAAGCCUUGGGAUUGGUGGAGGAGCAAAUGGAGGCGGGAUGCCUUUCAAGGCGUCCAAUAACAACACCAAGUCCGACACGUGUGCAACGAGCAGCGGCUCCAGCAAACGAGGGAAUUUAAACCUGGAGAUCCUUAAAAAUCUGCUUAACUCAUCGUCGUCUUCGGGAGCCGGAUCUGAAGGACUAGGGGCCGGAGCCAAGAGCGCUGUGUUGAUGAGGUCAUCUGGUGGAAUGGCCAGGAGUUGGACACCAUCAAGGAUGCCAUUAACCUACCGAUCCACAAUGACACUUAAUGAGCAACCAUCAGACUCCGCUCCUAGUCCAAGCACCUCACACUCCCUCCGAUCCUUCUCCCAUUCCCUGAAGGUUCCUCCCAUCAACAGCGGGGGGCGUCGCAGUCCACUACAGGGCGGGAACCUUAACCUUAGCAGACGGGGUGAAGGAGUUCUAGAUCGUUCUCGCUCCCCACUACCACCUCUCCUCACCUCCCACUCCUCCUCAGACCUCCUGCGACUGUGCAAUGGCAAGCCACUUCGUACGGCGCGAUCCAGCAGCUCCUCAGCUCCGCCCCUCCCUCCCAAACCCAACCCUGCCACCAUCCCUCCCCCCGCCCUGUCUUUGUCGCCAUCCCCUCGUCCGACUCCAUCCCCUUCGCUCUGCGACAACACUGCCCCUCAGUCGCUACCUUGUGAUUUUGGAGAGCCUUCAACCGACGCUAACCCAGAGCUCGGUUCACUGGUGGCUCGUCGCUCCUCCCUCCACCGAUCUAAGUCAGACCUGUCAGACCGGUACGCCCGGGCCGGGGCUGACGUGGAGCGCUUUUUUAACUACUGCGGCCUCGACCCCGAGGAGCUGGAAGCAGUCGGUCCAGAGAACUUUGCGAGGGCCAACUCUGACAUCGUCAGCCUGAACUUCCGUUCAGCUUCAAUGAUCUCCUCAGACUGCGAUCGGUCACGCAGGUCUUCCAACGAUGUUCUGUCGGACGGGGACGAGGAGGAGGAGGAGGCUGGGGAGCGGGUACCGUAUGGCAUCUCGGCCGUGGAGCGGAACGCACGAGUCAUAAAGUGGCUGUACAGCAUCAGACAGGCGAGAGAGACGCAAAAGGUGUCACAUGUUUAGGAAAAGCUCUACGGUGGAAUGGAACUACAGACAAACUGCCCCAUGUUGCAGAAGGGAUAGAUGGACCAACAUCUCUCACAGUUUUAGAGAAUGUGACCUUGGCGCUGGACUAAAAAUGUCUUUCUCACGGAAAACAUUUAGACUUGACUAAUCACCAUUGGAAGUGGGAUUGUCUUCCUACGAGUACGUAGUGGAGACGGACAGAAUGUUUCAUGAGUCAGGCGCGAGGCGGAUGUCAAAAACACAUUUUAGAGUGCAUGUUUCUUUGAGCAGUGUUAGGACGGUCACUUUGUAAAACGAUGAAGACAAAAGUGUAUGAACUUGUUUGUACGUUAUUUCUGUAGAAUUGACUUCGUUUCCGGUGCCUCCGUUGCAUCGUGGCGUGACAAGCUAACAGGAGUUUCCACCGUCAUUGUGUAAAGGCCAAAACCCCCCGGCACCAUGUGCUGAUUGUCAAUUAUUUUCUAUGUAGCCCCCUCCACCAUUUACAUCCCAUUUACAGCCUCUCCGGCACUUUUAAUGACAAAAAAUGUAUGGCAACGCAGGAUUGAAAGCCAUUGCAGAAGUGGAAGAAGUGACUCUGAUCUUUGUAAAAGACGCGGCAGCACUGUGUUUUUUCAGGGGUUUUUCCAUAAAUCCACUGGUUACCUCCUUGUUACGCAAAAAGAACAAGAGAUCAGAAUUGCAGGUAUUUUUGACCUCGGAAUAGAACUCAAAAGUGACGGCCCUAACCCUCAUCGGCUCCGUAGCUCCUGUGUUAGCCGAAACAUGCUGCUGAUUAGUGGUUUGUUGGUGUGCUUUUCCUGUAAGACGAAUGUCCACUUUGAGGAAGGCUGGUGUCCCAGUUUUGAUGUCUCUGUAAACACCGAUCUUGAAAAGGGUCCUGACAUCUUUGCAAAACAGAUACUGAACUCUAUCGGCCAAAACUCACUAUGGAAAGUCACAUUGGCCCACCUUGUGACAGUGAUGAAGUUAAACUUUUUAUAAAUGACUGUAAAAAAACUAAGUUGAUCAAUUCAGCUCGAUGGGUUGGUAACAAUAAGAAAUGAAUUAGCAAGAUGUAGAGAAACUUAUGAAACAAGAACGCACUAAUACAGUAGCGUUCGCUCUUUAUGGGCUACAUGUUGCUGAAUGAGGCCUUGGCGAAAACACAGAGGACACCAAAUGAUUUGGACCGAUCUAAACACAACAAAGAUCAUAGUCCCGAGCACUUAUCCACACGGCGUUAAGGUUAGAUAAUCAAAUCGUGACAAUGUUUCAAAAAUGUCAGUAUCAGUCUGUUCAUGUCGACCAACAAACCAUUUCCCUGGAAGGUUUUAGUGUGAGGAGAUGUGGUCCUUCAGAGGCGGUUCUACACUGUCCACCACCCAGCCAUUUACAAUGUAAUUAUGUAAGCGUUAUUUGGGACAGUUUUGUCAUUACAAUUAGAAGAUUUGGUCAAAUGUACUUAAUGUUAUCUAAUGGUGAUAACAUUUUCCAAUCAUUCGAGCUGAAGUCAACCUAGUGUUGCCAACUCUUUUCCAAUGAAAGUAGCUAACAGCAUUAGCUCCAAAAAAUGGUCAAUCUUCCCUCCAAAGACACUCACUCAAUUCAGUCCAAAUUGGAGAAGCUAACCAGAGUUAGCCAGUUAGCAUUUCUGCUAACUGGCGGAACGACCGCCGGGGGGGCUGGGUAGUAGUCGUUGCGGCCGACGGG